CAUUAUUCACUCCAACAGUUAGUGAAGGUCCGUAGAUGAGAAAGCAUCGACUAAGUAUGUGGUUCGUGCCGGUGCUUCUUGCCACAUGUAUCUGCUGUGUUCUCGGACGGACUUGCACACAAACAUCGAACUGCGAUUGCGGUGACCAAUGUGUGGAUAGUAGCAACAUGGAACACUGCAUGGGAGGAAGCGAUUGUGUUUGCAAGACAGGCUGCGUCGUUGUACAUACGUUUAUACCAGCUGGACAAGAAAAGACAGUUCACUGUAACCGUUGUUCUUGUCCUACAAAUUCCGCACAUAGCAACGGAAAACCUACUUGUUCUAGAGUGGCAUGGUGCAACGUCCCUCCGGAGACAGACAUUUACCAAGAUAAUCCAAACUGUCCAAAUACACCCUUCAAUGGUCAUAUUGGUGGCUAGGAGUGUGUCGCAGUGACUCGCAGAUAAAUAUUUGUAUUGUAUUUUGAAAAUUAUUUUCAUCACAAGUUCAUAAGAUUUGCUUUCUGAAGCAUCCACCAGAUGCUACAGUUUUUGUGUAAUUAUGAUAUAGUUGGUGUUUUUUUUAGUGAUUUAAUUAUAUUUUUCUGCUUUAAAAAGGGUUUUGAAAUAAAUAAUUAAAUGUA